CGCCCCUUCUCUCGUCUCGUCGGAAAUCAAGCAGGCCGACAGGCGCUUCUUUCAAUUCACUCUCGCGAGAUCUUGCGGAGCUUAUGUGAUUUCCGGCUUGGCGGAAGUGCGGCCUCUUUCCCGUGGUGGACCCGAAGCGGUUGGACGCAGCGCUGCUAUGAAGCUGAACAUCUCCUUCCCGGCCACGGGCUGCCAGAAGCUCAUCGAGGUGGAUGAUGAGCGGAAGCUCCGCGUCUUCUACGAGAAGCGGAUGACCGCGGAAGUCUCCGCAGAUGCUCUUGGCGAGGAAUGGAAGGGAUAUGUUGUCCGUAUCAGCGGUGGUAACGACAAGCAAGGCUUCCCCAUGAAGCAGGGGGUCCUCACACAUGGCCGUGUCCGCCUGCUACUCAGUAAGGGCCACUCAUGUUACCGCCCAAGGAGAACCGGAGAACGGAAACGCAAAUCUGUUCGGGGCUGCAUCGUUGAUGCCAACUUAAGCGUCUUGAACUUGGUCAUUGUGAAAAAAGGUGAAAAAGAUAUUCCUGGCCUGACUGACACCACCGUGCCUCGUCGCCUGGGUCCUAAGAGGGCUAGCAGAAUUCGGAAGCUGUUUAAUCUGUCCAAAGAAGAUGAUGUUCGUCAGUAUGUUGUGAGGAAACCACUGAACAAGGAAGGCAAGAAGCCCAGGACCAAAGCACCCAAGAUCCAGCGUUUGGUAACUCCCAGAGUUCUGCAGCAUAAGCGCAGGCGUAUUGCUCUGAAGAAACAACGUACUCAGAAGAACAAGGAGGAAGCUGCAGAGUAUGCCAAGCUCCUGGCAAAGAGAAUGAAGGAGGCAAAGGAAAAGCGGCAAGAACAAAUAGCCAAGAGGCGUAGACUUUCUUCUCUAAGAGCCUCCACAUCUAAAUCUGAAUCAAGCCAGAAGUAGAAGAAAACAAUGAGCUGUGUUCAUAAAAACAUUAAAUAAAAAGUUUUUA